AUGGACCCAUUCAACUUGGGACCGGACCAGAGGAGAGCUUCAAUCAAGUUGCAAAUCUUGCGCUACAGCCAACUGACUGCUGGCAAGGUCUUGCUGGUCAAAGCCGCGACGUCGACUUGGACUGAGUCGACGAUGAGAAACGGCGACUCAUUCAAGCAAGCACGGAGCCUCGCUGUCGAUGGAGCAGGCUUCAACGCCGUCUUACUUGAUCCUUGCACUCGCGCCUUUCUUCUUACGACUGAUUGGAUCAUGAGUGACCGCUCCCUGACACCGUCGGUGCUCGUGGGAGAAUCAUGUCCACUGCGACGACGCUCCUCGCCUGAGCUGGGCCGCCAUCUCUCGGCCACCACCUCGGUAAUGCAGUAG